AUGACCACCCGAGAUCUCCUGAAACAACUCAUAUAUACCACGCUCACGCUCAAUUCGACAACCUUGUACGCCACGGAAAACACAAAGUUGACAGCCUUGAUUCCCAGCCUCAACUGCUCGGAGCUUGUGUCGCUGGAAUUGGGCCUCAUCAAUGCCAGCAAAACGCUCAUUGGCCUGUUGUCGGUGGUGGCAGACCGCACCGUAACAAAGCUGUCUUUGCUUCUCUACUUCAUGAAGAAACUGCUUCAGAACCCGGACGGCGGCUUCGACUUGGUCACUGUAGUGGUGCUUGCGCACCAGGACGUAAACAAAACCUUGGUGCUCGCCGUGCUCAAGAAAAUCAUCGACAAGUAUUUCGAGUUCCGCCUGGACUUGGCCUGCGAGUCCAUCACCUCCGAACACGCGGCCAAGGUGAAAUUGGGCGAGUUCAAGUUGUACAUGAACCAGAUCAUAAAGUUCGAGGAGGUACAGUACGACCUGAACCUGGCUCUAUAUAGCUACGGGGCCACCCGAAAUGGCCGGGACAACAACGCCGGCAGCCCUACGCCAAACUCCGAAAUCAUCACGCCAAACCAGCUAGUCUCGGCCAACGAAGACGUCGACGAAGUGCGCCUGUUGAUGCUCGACAACAUCAAUAAGAUCUUGGGCCGAGGCGACCGUAUCGGCACCUUGGUAGAUCAAACCGAGCGCCUUCAGGCAUCUUCGCUGAUCUUGCGGAAAAACGCCGCGUCUGUGAAACGCAAGAUGUGGUUUAACAACGCCCGCUCGGUGGUUCUCAUCGCCACCGUGUCCGUGUCGUGCCUUUACUUGGUGCUUGGCUUCGAGUGCGGGUAUCCUUUUUUUCAAACCUGUCUUCGUCAUUGA